AUUUUUUUACUUUAUCUUAUAAGAAACUUUUAAUCUUAGCAUCUUAAUGACGAUGCAAGAUCCCACUUAUAGACAGAUCUUAAAAUUGAUCAAAAGAAUACCAGAUGAUAUCUUAAGACCACAUGCUAAUUUAAAGGUUAUUUUGCGUCAAAGAACUUAUAAUUACUUUAAGCAAAAUGAAAAGGAAAAAAGUAUUGAAUCAAAGGAUUUAACAGAAAAUAUUGAAGAGCCUCAUGAUCAAUAUCAUGCAUUACAAUAUUUAACAGAGAAUAAAUAUAAAUUAAAGUUUCCAUUAUCAGAAAGAAUACUUCAUCCGCCAAAAGAUCCUAAUUAUUAUCAAAGACUAAUUGAAUCAAUCAAGCCUAAGCCUUCUAUAUCAUCAAUAUUUUCAAAAUGGUUUGGUUUUAAAUAAAUAAUAUAUAACAAGAUGAAAUAAGAUCAUUAUAUAUAUAUAUAAA